UUGAUCUCUUCAGGAGCGCUUAUCAUCGGUUCGGAAGUGAAAUGCACUGAACAGUUGUGCGAUCGGAUUGAAUACUUCCCUCCAGGAUGCUGUGCUGUUGUGCCAAUUCGUAAUCGAACGAGAUCAGUUGCUGUUCAAAACUACUACGCAGUUCCGUGUGUCGCGGAUCGUUUUCUUACUAUGAAUAAUGCUCAGACGCUUAUUCGAGAAAUUCUUAUAACAUCUGUUGAAAAACGCCUAAUGGGCAAUAGGCAAUUCGGGUUCAUGCUCUCUGGAGGACUUGAUUCUUCCUUGAUCGCGUCGAUUGCUACAAAAUUCCUCAUUAAGGUAAGCCACAUUGAAGAGGAUGGGUUAAUCUUACGUUUUAUACUACAUAUACAAGAACUAAAAUGGGUAUUUGAGCUUCAAAUUUUGCAGAAACCGGUUGCUUUCUCAGUUGGAUUCGAGGAUUCGCCAGAUUUGGAAAAUGCCAGAAGAGUAGCAGAAUAUCUAGACAUACCUCAUGAAGUUCUUGUUAUCACACCUCAAGAGUGCAUCGACGUUGUUCCCGAUGUGAUUUAUGCAUUGGAAACAUUUGACCCAUUGGUAAUUCGUUGCGGAAUCCCUCAUUAUCUCCUUUGCAAGCACAUCGCUAGGACAUCUGAAGUCAAGGUGCUUCUGUCGGGUGAGUGCGGUUUUUUGCAGUUGGUGGGCCAAAUCCUGCCAAUUUUGAGCUACCGCGAAGCUUAA